ACCAAGGACCCAGCAAACGAGCUGGUGACAGGUCUGCAGGGCAGCGGGACCGUAAGAGCCUGCGGCUCCACCGUGAACACUGACAGUGGCUUGGCCCCUCGGCCACUGUUCUCCCAGUUGGGGGGGGGGGGUGGCACCGCCUCCAAGGCUGUCACCAGGGGUUUGACAGCACACGUCUUGGUGCGAGGCUGGCCUUUCUGACGUGGAUAGUCACCGAGUGACCUGUACUUCUUCAUUGCCCCCUUUGCAGUGAGUUUCUGGUCCCACGUCCCCUGAGCCCAGCAGAACUGAGGCCUGGAGAGCCCGUCCCUGUGCACUGCGGGCUCCGGAGAGGUGUGCUGGGAGGCGGGCCACGCCGACCGCAGCCGCCCCGGUGAGGGACUGCGGGCUGAAGACAGGACAGUCACUUUGCCACCUUGGACUUCUCUGGGGUCUAGACAUUUCCUAGUAGAUGACCUCUUUGGAAAGGCUGGUGGUGAAGGAGGCCCCUGGCCUGUCCUCUCCUGCUCCGCGGGUGAACCCAGGGCUCCCAGGGCUGGCGCUGGGCUGACCGGUUUCCCAGCGGAGCAAACAGUCGCGGCCUCGUGCCUCCCCCUGGCCUCACAUCAGCACUGUGGGGCCAAAGGUCAUUGCGCGUGGGUGGCUCCCAGGUGUAUCGUGCCUGGGCAGAAACUGGAUUUCAAGCCACCCAUCUCAAAGUACCUUCAAUGAGACACUGAAGGCAGCCACGGUGGCCCAGAGCAGGUCUGGCCAGCUUGGCGAGUGUGCCGACCAGCCAUGCCCACUGUGGACGCCGUCUUGGAGCAGGUCGGGGAGUUUGGCUGGUACCAGAAGCAGGUCUUCCUGAGCCUGUGUCUGAUCUCCACGGCCUUAGCCCCCAUCUACCUGGGCAUCGUCUUCCUGGGCUUCAGCCCCCCGCACCACUGCCGGAGCCCCGGGGUGUCCGAGCUGAGCCGGCGAUGCGGCUGGAGCCCGGCGGAGGAGCUGAACUACACGCUGCCCGGCCUGGGGGCUGCGGGCGAGGCCUCCCUCCGCCAGUGCAUGCAGUACGCGGUGGACUGGAACCAGAGCAGCCUCGGCUGCCUGGACCCUCUGGCCAGCCUGGCCGCCAACAGGAGCCAGCUGCCACUCGUCCCCUGCCAGCACGGCUGGGUGUACGACACUCCCGGCUCCUCCAUCGUCACCGAGUUUAACCUGGUGUGCGCGGACGCCUGGAAGGUGGACCUCUUUCAGUCCUGCGUGAACCUGGGCUUCUUCCUUGGGUCCCUGGGCAUCGGCUACAUUGCAGACAGGUUCGGCCGCAAGCUGUGUCUCCUGGCGACCUCGCUGGUCAUGGCCCUGUCGGGCGUGCUGACAGCGGUGGCCCCCGACUACACGUCCAUGCUGCUCUUCCGCCUGCUGCAGGGGAUGGUCAGCAAGGGCAGCUGGAUGUCUGGCUACACCCUGAUCACGGAGUUCGUGGGCUCGGGCUACAGGAGGACGGUGGCGAUCCUGUACCAGGUGGCCUUCUCCGUGGGGCUGGCGGGGCUCUCUGGGCUGGCCUACGCCAUGCCCCACUGGCGCUGGCUCCAGCUGGCCGUGUCCCUGCCCGCCUUCUUCUUCCUGCUCUACUACUGGUGCGUGCCAGAGUCUCCCCGGUGGCUGCUGUCACAGAAGAGAAACACUCAGGCGAUGAAGAUAAUGGCCCACAUCGCCCGGAAGAACGGGAGGUUGCCUCCGGCUGACCUGAAGAUCCUCUCUCUCGAAGAGGAUGUCACUGAAAGGCAGAGCCCUUCCUUCAUGGACCUGCUGCGCACGCCCAACCUGAGGAAGCGCACCUUCAUCCUGAUGUACCUAUGGUUCACCUGUGCCGUGGUCUACCAGGGCCUGGUCAUGCACAUGGGGGCCACCAGCCGGAACCUCUACCUGGACUUCUUCUACUCUGCGCUGGUGGAGUUCCCAGCGGCUCUUGUCAUCCUGGUCACCAUUGACCGCGUCGGCCGCAUCUACCCGUUGGCCGUGUCCAACCUGGUGGCCGGGGCAGCCUGCUUGGUCAUGCUGUUUACCUCACACGGUCUGCACUGGCUGAACGUUGUGGUGGCGUGCCUGGGCCGAAUGGGGAUCACCGUUGUGCUGCAGAUGGUCUGCCUGGUCAAUACCGAGCUGUACCCCACGUUUAUCAGGGGUGCUGGGCCUGACGGCCGGAGGAAUGACGCUGCUCCUUCCGGAGACCAAGGGAGCUGCUUUGCCCGAGACCAUCGAAGAUGCCGAGAACCUGCAGAGGAAAGCAAAGCCCAGAGAAAACACGAUUUACCUUCAGGUCCAAACCUCAGAACGCAGAGGCACCUGAGAGAGCUGCUUUUCUGGAGCUGAAAUGAGAAGACAGAGAAUCGGGAGGGGGGAUUCUCAAAAGGCUUCACUUUUCUGUGUUUUCCCUCAGACUUGCCUGCCCCCAAAUUAAUGUCAAUUCUAAAAAAAAUGGUCUCAGUGGG